AGGAGAAAAGACUGGGAUAUGCUAGCUUGCUAGCUCCAGCAAGCGGCGGUAUGCGCGGUCUUUAAAAUAGACAGACAUAGAGGCUUUAGGGGAGAGGAAGAAGUGCCUGGGAUGAAGAAGAGACGCAUCUACCAGGCAGGUGUGAAAUCCCAAGCAACACUGAUUUCUCUUUUGGACCCUACAUCAGACAGAACACAUCAACCGCCUAGUGGACUCACCGUUACCUUCCUGUGCCAUUGCCAUCGGAGAGAUCUCGGCCAUCAAUCACUAGCACAUGAUUGGCAAAUGGAGAAUGGGGCUUUGGGCUUUGGCAAUUCUGACAGUUCCCAUGUAUUUCAUAGUGACAGAGGGCAGCAAACCAUCCUGGGGUCAAGAAAACGAGGCUUUAAUUGUCAGAUGCCCCCAAGGAGGAGGUGCGACUAACCCUGUGGAAUGGUAUUAUUCAAAUACAAAUGAAAGAAUUCCUACUCAAAAGAGAAAUCGGAUCUUCGUCUCAAGAGAUCGUCUCAAGUUUCUACCAGCCAGAGUGGAAGACUCUGGGAUUUAUACGUGUGUUAUCAGAAGCCCUGAAUCGAUUAAGACCAGAUCUUUGAAUGUCACCAUAUAUACAAGACCACCAAGCUGCAAAAUCCCUGAUUACAUGAUGUACUCGACAGUACAUGGAUCAGAUAAAAAUCCCAAGAUAACAUGUCCGACAAUUACCUUGUAUAAUUGGACAGCGCCUGUUCAGUGGUUUAAGAACUGCAAAGCUCUCCAAGGGCCAAGGUUCAGGGCACACAUGUCCUACUUGUUCAUUGACAAAGUGAGUCAUGUUGAUGAAGGUGACUACACAUGUCGAUUCACUCACACGGAGAACGGAACCAAUUACAUUGUGACUGCCACCAGAUCAUUCACAGUUGAAGAAAAAGGCUUCUCUACAUUUCCAGUAAUUACAAACCCUCCAUACAACUACACAGCGGAAGUGGAACUAGGAAAAACAGCAAACAUUGCCUGCUCGGCUUGCUUUGGCACAGCCUCUCAGUCCAUUGCUGUCCUGUGGCAGAUUAACAAAACGGGAAUUGGAUCUUUUGGUGAAGCAAGAAUUCAAGAAGAGAAAGGCCGAAAUAAAAGUUCCAGCAAUGGCAUGAUUUGCUUAACCUCACUGUUAAGGAUAACUGGUGUGACAGACAAGGACUUCUCCCUGAAAUAUGACUGUGUGGCCAUGAACCAUCACGGAGUGAUAAGGCACCCCGUAAGACUGAGAAGGAAACAACCAAUUGACCACCAAAGCACCUACUACAUAGUUGCUGGAUGUAGUUUAUUGCUAAUGUUUAUCAAUGUCUUGGUGAUAGUCUUAAAAGUGUUCUGGAUUGAGGUUGCUCUGUUCUGGAGAGAUAUAAUGACACCUUACAAAACCCAGAAUGAUGGAAAGCUCUAUGAUGCUUACAUCAUUUACCCUCGGGUCUUCCGGGGCAGCGCAGCAGGGACCGGCUCUGUGGAGUACUUUGUUCACUACACUCUGCCCGAUGUUCUCGAAAAUAAAUGUGGCUACAAGUUGUGCAUUUACGGGAGAGACCUGCUGCCUGGGCAAGAUGCGGCCACUGUGGUGGAAAGCAGUAUCCAGAAUAGUAGACGGCAAGUGUUUGUCCUGGCCCCUCACAUGAUGCACAGCAAAGAGUUUGCCUAUGAGCAGGAGAUCGCCCUGCACAGCGCCCUCAUCCAGAACAACUCCAAGGUGAUUCUGAUUGAAAUGGAGCCUAUGGGUGAGGCAAGCCGACUGCAGCUUGGGGACCUGCAAGAUUCUCUCCAGCAUCUUGUGAAAAUGCAGGGGACCAUCAAGUGGAGGGAAGACCACGUGGCCGACAAACAGUCUCUAAGCUCCAAAUUCUGGAAGCAUGUGAGAUACCAAAUGCCAGUCCCGAAAGACCCCCCAAGAUGGCAUCUGUUGCCGCUCCGUUGAGUGGCAAGGUGUGCUUGGAUCUGAAACACUUUUGAGUCGUGGACUUGCCUACUCAGAGCUGGGGAGUCCCAGCAGUAGGUGUGAAGACUUGAAAUGCCAAGGGUGGGGCC